CAUGGUGAGAUAGGAAGGAAGAUGGAGUGACAGAACAACAAGAGGAGAAGACGUGGUAGCAGUUUCUGCUGUAUGAAGAAACAGUUCAGUUGCAGGUCCGACCUUUAACAGGAAACGGCAACUUCCGCACCCUAAAUGAAACACUGCUGCGCUCCUAAACAUGAGACGUUUGUGAAGACUCAACACUUUGGUCCAUUUAAGCGGCUGACUCUUUGAUAGAGCACUAAAGAAAAGCUGUCGGCAUCCUUCACCUAAUUACAUUGCUUGUGUUUCAGAGAUCUGAAUAAUAACCGGGUGAGGUGUAUCUCAUGUAAAGGAGUGGAGGUCAAAAACAAGCCGUAAAAUAUGGUACCAGUCCAAGAUGGGGCAUCCACACAGGGGGAAAAUCUACUUCUUCCUCCUAAAGAGUCCCACAAUGAAAGUGCAGGGUCCACUCGGAUCCGACCGAGACAGUCCUCCCCUGCACGGAGAAUUGGCAUGACCAGAAAACUAAACAGAAAGGAUUUCAAAGACUCAGAGAACCCAGAGGAGAGUGAAAAGAGACAUAAAGAGAAGGAGCUCAAACCGCUGUAUAAGGAACUUCUGUACACAAUCAAUCAUAGUUUAGGAAGACCACACACAAAAGAGCGAUACAGUGCCAAGCAGUUUCAAGACUAUAUAAGAGAGGCAUUCUCCAUGACAGAGGCAGAGCAUAAAACCUUGAGUGAAAAAGUCCAGAGCUUGUUGGUCCCGAUCUACUGCCUCGUGGUUACAGUGAAACAAGCUAAGGGAAUUCUGGGGAAGGACAUUAGUGGAUUCAGUGAUCCGUACUGCCUGCUGUCGAUCCUAUAUGAAGACAAGGAUUCUCAUGGAGGUGGAUCAUCCAAUAAACCUCAGAAAGCAGUAGUGCGGGAUUCAGCUAAGGGGCAGGUGUUGCAGACAACUAUAAAGAAACAGACUCUCAACCCCAUCUGGGACGAGACCUUCAAACUAGAGUUUGAAGACAUCUCAAAUGCCAAUUUCCACAUUGAGAUGUGGGACAAAGAUGAGGAGGUGUCACUAGUGCAAAAAUUUGAUGAGUUUCGCACAAACAUCCAUGGACUUAAAAGGAUGCUAAAAGAUGCAAAAAAAGAGAAAGGCCAGGAUGAUUUUUUGGGGUAUAUUGUUCUAAAACUGAAGGACCUGCAUUGCACAGAGGACACGUGGUAUAACCUGGAGCCCCGAACAGAGACAUACCCAGACAGAGGACAGUGUCAUCUUCAGCUUAAAUUCAUUCAUAAAGAGAGAGAUGAGAACCUGAGUGCUGGACGGAGUCCUUAUGUGAACUACUGUGGCAUCCUGCAACAAUUUGUUCAAGCUCAUAUCUCUAAACAACAGGACAGUAACCCGUGGAAGGGAGAGUUGUGUGGGGAGGGGACGGCCCUGCUCGAGUACUAUGCCAACCAGAAUGACAUUUCACCUUUCCUCCAAGACUUGGCGAAGUGGGUAGCAUACAGCAAACUGUACCAAAACCUGGAGGUGGACUCAACCGUGCUUUUCCAGCAGCUAACCAGUAUAGAGUAUCACUGGUGCCAACAGGAACUCCCCCACCAGCAGAAACAGGAGCUAGGUGACUCUCUGCAUGGGUUUCUGCAGUAUGGGCUCUGCUUAGUGUCCAAAUACAGGGACAUCUAUCCUCCAACCCCUAAAACAACACCACGGCUGCAUACACUGCUCAGAGUUCUUGUCCAGAUUUGUAAGACCCGAGCAUUUCAGAAGCUCAAUCCUGCUCAAUUUGACUUGCACGUUGAGGUCACAGAUGCUGUUGUUAAUGGCACCGUAGAGUGGUUUAACAUCAAAAAAGGUUUACAUCAGCCAAUGACCAAGGAUCUGUUAGAGAGCGUCAGCGCCCUCUCUCGGUUGAUUGGAGAAGUGCAAGAAGACGUUCGACUCAGUAAAGAUGUCUGGAAUAAGGUGUUUGUCAGUGCUGUGCAGUUGGAUGUUUUCACUGUGGUUUACCAAAAACUGGACUCUCUGCUGGCUGAUGAGUUGCGAGCUACACUCUCUCAGUUGGAGAAUCAAAUGGAUCAGCCGCUGGCAAACAGCCUGUUUCCUGUGUAUCUCACUUUGCAAGCCAUCCACAAAGACAAAGCCUUCUUACAAAAAAGAGGCAAGUUACUGCAGCUCACAAGUUUCCAUGAGGACUUCAGAGAUGCUCUUCCAUAUUGGUUAAAUAAAGCCUUUAGCACCACUAUGGCGAGGGUGGAAAAGGCUGUGCAAGUGGAUCAGUUGCAGCCGCUGCAGACUGGAGCAGUUCCCAUCAAGCACAGCUCCUCUGCAGUGGACAUUGCAGCAUGUUUGCAUCCCGUUGCUCAGCUCUGGGAACAGUUGAGCUGGCCUGACCCGGAGGAGGCCUUCAUGCUUAUGGUCAAACUCACAGAGGAUGUGUGUAAGAUUUCAUCGACAUACUGUCAGAUGCUGAAGGCUCGAGUGAAGGAGCUCUCUGUGAACUCGGAUCGAGACAGUGCGAUAAAAAUGCUGUGCGUGGUCGUGAACGAUCUAGAGCAUCUGCACACCGUUCUAACACGUCUGCCACAGCGGCUAAACUGGGCAGGGCUCCGGGAACGCACGCAAAACGUGAUUGGAGAAACUCAGUUCCAGAAUACACUUCCAUCACAGCUGCAACACACACAGUCCCUCCUGAACCGAGAGAUCCGUUCUGCAGUCGACACGCUCGGGAAGAAGUUAAAGACAGACAUUGAGACACAUGUUCGCAACAUGGCUUCGCGUCAAAGGCUUCCCUCCAGAGAUACAGAGGAAGCUGUGGUUCCUUUAAUGAAAUAUCUGGAAAAAGAGCUGAAGUAUAUGAAUGAGAAUUUGGUUCAGGAGAAUUUUAACAGUCUUCUUACUCCAUUGUGGAUGAACUCAGUUAAGAUUCUGCAUCAGAUGUCUCAGCUAGAGGACAGUCACCUGGUUUACUUUCAGAGAUUACUCUACACACUGCAGUGUUUAGAACAGUGUUUUUAUGCUGAAGGUAAUGGACUACCUAAUGAAACACUACAUACUGAGGAAUAUAAGACGUUGCGGGUAAACCUGACGCAAAACUCUUUAAGCUCUAACCAGCUGAUAGAGAAGUUCUUCGAGAGGAAUGUGUGGGAACAGAAAGUGUUUAACGGAGAGAAAUACGGAGCCGUCACUCUCAUCACCUCGUACAAACGCUCAGAGGAGAAACUGCAUGUAGAGGUUCUCAACGCUGUCAAUCUAAUUCCUCUCGACUCAAAUGGUUCCAGUGACCCUUUUGUUCAGCUGUCUCUAGAACCAAGACACGUGUUCUCUGAAGUAGAGUCACGAUCCACCAAAAUCAAGAACUGUGAUCUCAACCCAUUGUUUGAAGAGUCCUUUGAAUUUUCCGUUACAUUAGAGAAGUGCCAGUCUCCAGGAGCAUGUCUGCUGGUGACAGUGCUGGACCAUGACACUUUGAGGAGCGAUGACUUCGAAGGAGAGGCGUUUCUGUCUCUUAAGGCAGUGCCAGGAGUCGGAGGCGGACCCCAUAAUCCAGAGCCCGCACAGAUACGCCUACCUUUGAUGCACCCCAAACCCAACAGUGAAAAUACUUUGAGGUUACUUGAAGCCAGGAAGGGUGAAAAGGAAGCUCAGGCCUUCGUUAAGUUACGCAGGCAGAGAGAAAAGAAGUCUCAGGAAGCCUGAGAGGACAUAAACAUGAAUCAAGACCAAAUUUUUUUUUUUUCACUUUUCUAUCUAUUAUUGUUAUAUAAAAAACAUUAUUUAAUGCCCAACUUUUUUAAUUAAUGUAAUGAUGUGUAAUUAUGAUAUUAUUAAAAAAAAUAAACAUUUUCAUCCAAAAAUAUACAUUUAUUGUCUUUUACAAAAUCAGACUGAGACACUGUAUAUGGACAAAACUUGAGCAUGUGAUUUCUGAACUCACAGUGAAGUUCUGUUUCAAAGCAAGUCAUCUGCAGAACAUCCCAUAUAACUGUGCCUUCAAACUGAAUUCAACUAAAAUCGUCCAAAUAAAUCGAAAGUCAAGCCCUCUUUUGACAGCCGUAGCUUGACUGCUCUUGUCAGUGCACAUGAUUUAUGUUCUCCACGUGUUCACAUAAAACGCCUUUACAUGAACAGAAAGCUGCAGUUGGGAGCGUGCUGUUGGUUUAGUAAACUUAUUAAUUCAAACAAUGCAUUAAAUAAAAUAUGCACAUUCUAGGAAUUACAUAAAAAGUGUUCGCCGCCUUGCUUUUUACCCUCCAGUUUACCAUGACAAAAAAAAAAAAAAAAAGAAAAA